UCUGUGUGCAGUGACCACAAAUAUCUUAUCUUAAAACUUUUUUUGUUGAAAAUAAUAAAGAAAAUUACAUAAAUCGUGACAUGCUGAAUUUUUAAGUGCUUUAGACAGCAGGAAAAUACUCAACUUAUUUUGUUUAGCAGUGAUUGAAAAUGCAAUUCCGAUGGCAGCUUCUGAGACGUGAAUUUCAUUGUGCAAAAUUUUUACGAAAUCAACAAAUUAUUCCAAAGUCGUUAUUUGACGUCAAUUGCAUUUUAUCAGCCAACGAAUUCACAAAAGAGUUCUCGGAGGAGAAUCGUGGUCACGCAUGCAUUGCUUACGAUUCAAAUCAACUUCCGUCAAACUCGCCAUGCGAGGAUUCGAGAACUGAAGGUAGUUUGAUUCAUACAUCAGGUUUGCUCGUUGGUGUUUUCGAUGGUCACGCCGGUAAUUCAUGUUCACAGGUCAUCAGCAAACGACUCCUGCGCUACAUAGGAGCAAGUUUAGUGCCCCCACAAGUACUGCGACAAUGUUUACAAGACGAAGCCAAAAGUCAUUCAUUUGUGAAGUGUCAUAACGACAAACAUGAUUUUAUUGAAGAAUUACGAGAUUUAUAUGAGCAGAGCUUUCAAAAGUUUACACAAGAACUCUUAAACAGACGUUCAGAGAACUUUCAAAUGGAAGAAGUCUUGGAAAAUGCUUUUCUUAGACUCGACGAAGAUAUAACAAAUGAGGCGAUGGACUCAGGAAUUAGUCAGACAUUGAGUGUUGCACUUUCAGGAUCUGUUGCUAUUGUUGCUCACAUCGACAAAAAUCAUUUACAUGUUGCAUCCACAGGUGAUUGCCAAGCUGUUCUAGGUUCAAUUAACGAAAAUGGAGACUGGAGUGCAAAGAAAAUGAGUGAGGAGCACAACGCAGAAAACAUGGCAGAAGUUAGAAGAAUUCUCGCUGAACAUCCAAACUCAGAACGAGACACAGUCAUAAGAGGUGAUCGAUUACUAAGUCAAUUAGCGCCACUACGAGCCUUUGGAGAUGUUAGAUAUAAAUGGUCACGUGAUCAACUUCAAAAGCUUGUCGUGCCACAUUUUGGUGAGCAAGUGAUACCGCCAAAUUACCACACACCCCCAUAUUUAUCAGUUAAACCAUCAAUUCAGCAUCAUAUUUUAACUCCCAAAGAUAAAUUUUUAGUGAUGGCUUCGGAUGGUCUAUGGGAUGUUUUAAGCCCUCUUGAAGUUGUGCAAUUAGUUGGUGAACAUGGAAUUGGAAAAGCAUCGUUGCAACCUUUUAAAUUACCGAAGAAGAAAAAUAUUACGCUUGGAGAGCUUGAUAGCAUGUUACAAGCACGAAAGGCGAAUCAACUAUCUAAGCCGAUUGAUAAAAAUGCAUCAACGCAUCUUAUUCGUAAUGCACUUGGUGGAACUGACUACGGAAUUGACAAUGCACGACUUUUUCAUCUUUUAUCUUUACCACCUGAUAUCGUUCGAUUGUUUCGAGAUGACAUAACAAUUACCAUACUUUACUUUGACACCGAAUACCUACGGAAUAUUCCGGCUUAGUUAACAAAAAGACUUCUUACAACGAUGUACAAACUUUUCAAAUGUCGUCGUCGUCAAUGUCGUCAAUAACUUUAGUAGAAUGUUUUUAUUUUAUUUCCCUUUUUCUGUUUUAAAUGAAUAUUUUUCCUUCUCCCGUCUCAUCCACAUAUGAUUGUAUUACAAGUUAUUAAUGUUGUUCCCGACACGUCAAGUUCAAGACGAUAAAAUGACUUUUCUUUGUGCGAUAAUAAUAAAAAUAAUAAAAAGAUUAUGUGAUGAUGAAAACAAAACAAAAACAAAAUAAUUCAAUACAAAUAUCUGC